AUGGAGCUGGAGGGGCAGUGGUGGUGAGGACAACUGGCUGCUGAUAUUCACCAAGCGCUUCGGUACAAGGAGCUGAAGUUGCCCUCCUACAAAGGCCAGUCCCCUCAACUAAGUCUCAGAAGGUAUUUUGCUGAUUUGAUUGCCAUUGUGAGCAAUCGCUUCACACUCUGCCCUUCGGCCCGACAUCUUGCUGUCUAUUUGCUGGACCUGUUUAUGGAUCGCUAUGACAUCUCUAUCCAGCAGCUGCAUUUAGUUGCACUUUCCUGUCUGCUUCUAGCAAGUAAAUUUGAAGAAAAAGAAGAUAGUGUGCCUAAGCUGGAGCAGCUCAACAGUCUGGGUUGUAUGACUAAUAUGAAUCUAGUAUUAACAAAACAAAAUUUGCUACAUAUGGAACUAUUAUUAUUAGAAACCUUUCAGUGGAACCUCUGCCUUCCAACAGCUGCCCACUUUAUCGAGUAUUAUCUCUCAGAAGCAGUACAUGAAACAGAUCUUCAUGAUGGCUGGCCAAUGAUUUGCUUGGAAAAAAAUAAACUCUACAUGGCCAAAUAUGCAGAUUACUUCCUGGAAGUAUCUCUGCAAGAUUAUGCCUUUCUAAAUUAUGCACCUUCUUUAGUAGCUGCUGCAUGUGUGGCUUCUUCGAGGAUUAUACUUCGUCUUUCUCCAACGUGGCCUACAAGACUGCAUCGUCUUAGUGCUUACUCCUGGGAUUUCUUAGUGCAGUGUAUUGAACGACUGUUGAUUGCUCAUGAUAAUGAUGUAAAAGAAGCAAACAAACAGAGAGGACAGGCAGGCCCUCAGUCAGCACAACUAGGUGUGUUCCAG